ACUGACCACAUGUGUUAUCUAUCUACAUGAUUCUACAUAUACUGUGAUACAUAAAAACGAGCUGUGAGUGAAAUCCAUUCACAGUAAUAAAUGGAAUGAGAGAGAGUAGGUGUGGUGAAUGAAGUUGUAUCAAAGUUGAAACAGAAGAAUAUUUUUGCAAUCAUGGCUUUUGACUCUGUGUUCUGUCAAGUCCACCAGAUACAGAUUACAUCUUAUUGUGAGAGUUGUAAAGAUGGGAUUUGCUGGAAAUGUUUUAAACUUCACAAAGGACACAAAGUUUAUGCAUUACAGUACAUCUUCCCUAAAUAUCAGGCUAUAGCUAUGAAUGAAAUACUACCAAAAAUAAUCAGAGACACUAGAGAGCUGGAAAAUGUCCAUAGUUGCUGGGAAACUUCUAAACAUUCUGUUGAGAAAAGCAUUGACAGUUUCCAAAAAGGAUUGAGCAAGCAGUUCAACUCCAUAAUUCUAGCUCUAAGUAGGAAAGAAAAAUCCUUAAUGGCUAUGAUGAAGGAAUCAAGAUCCAAAGCUAUAAGCCAAUGUGAAAGAGAGAUAAGCCAUGCCAAUAAACUUAAAAACAACUUGGAAGAUUUAAAACUUGAUGCAUACAAUAUUGCUUACUCAGGAACUUCUUCAUCUGUUUUGGGAUACAAAGAUCUAAAAAUGAAUUUAAUAUCAGAAGAUGAGGAAAUUCUGAAAUGUCUGCUAAACAAAAAGUCAUCAUUGAAAGAUCAAUUAUGUGAUUAUGAAAUUGUUAACAUUGAAGAAUUAUUAAAAGCUGUGGAUAAUCUUAAUUUGAGGGAGAGAAAGGAGGAGGGUCAGCAUGAUAAUAAACACAGACAUACUGAAGAGGAGAAAAGAAAAAAGAGUCAAGUCAACACUUCAAGGAAGAGGAAAAUGGAAGGAACAGAUUUAGAUAAAGAAUCAAAUAACAGGAAUAAAACUGCAAAAAAGGACAGCCCUGAAUACAGUCCAGAUCCAUUUCAUGAUAAAAAACAAUCUGUUUCACAAUCGAAAAAGAUGUCUGCUCUCAAAAAUAAAUUAUCUAAUAAAAAGAGGCUUAAAUCUAAGGAUUUAUAUAAUUCUAAGCAGUUACACAGAAAGAAAGAUUUGUUAAAUGCCAAAACUAAGGCACAAUAUAUAGACCAUGAUAGAAUGAAGGAUGGGAAAACAAAAGGAUCAGUCCAGGUUAACUAUACUUUCCAGCGUCCAACUGUACUUUAUGAUGACAUUGAAAUGUUUGAUGAUAGUUUUGGUAGUAGUGAUAUUUUAUCAAAAGAGCAGGACUUUUCUUACUCUAAGGUAUAUAAAAACUUUAAGAAUAUGGACAAUGAUAAUAGAAAGAAGGAAAACGUGAAUGAAGGAAACCAACUCAGCCAAGAUACAAUAAACAAGACAAAUCAGAGUGAAAGAAAAGAUAAUCAACAAAAGUUCAAUGUUUCUGCAAAGGUGUCUCAGCAAAAGAGUACAGUGUGUUUCCAUGAUGUAGAAUCUCAGUUUAAGGUAGCAGAGAAAAGUGAUCUUGAGAAAAACCAAGAUGUUCAAAUUAAAUCAUCUGAUAACCAAAUAGAAAACAAAACUGGCAGCUCUGUCAAAACUAGGAAUAAUAACCAAUCAGCAGUACAGACUAUCAAACCAGCAGUACAUGCUAACCAAUCUAUAGUACAGACUAACCCCUCAGCAGUACAGGCUAAAUUAUCUGCAGUACAGGCUAACCCCUCAGCAGUACAGCAUGUACAGGCUAAAAUAUCUGCAGUACAGGGUAACCCUUCAGCAGUACUGACUAGACAAACAUCAGUACAAGCUAACCCCUCAGCAGUACAGACUAAACAAUCAACAUUACAGGAUAACCUAUCCACAGUUCAGACUAACCAUUCCAAUAUACAGGCUAAACGAUCAGCAGUAAAGUUUGUUAAACAAUCAUCAGUACAGUCUAACCUCAUGGCAGUACAGACUAACAAAUCAGGAGUACAGCUUAAGCAGUCCACAGUACAGUCUAAUCAAUCCACAGUACAGCCUAAGCAACCCACAGUACAGCCUAAUCAAUCCACAGUUCAGCCUAAGCAAUCCACAGUACAGCCUAAGCAACCCACAGUACAGCCUAAGCAAUCUACAGUAAACCCUAAGCAAUCCACAGUACAGUCUAAUCAAUCCACAGUACAGUCUAACCAAUCCACAGUACAGUCUAAGCAACCCACAGUACAGCCUAAGCAAUCCACAGUACAGCCAAAGCAAUUCACAGUACACCCUAAGCAAUCCACAGUACAGCCUAACCCAUCCACAGUACAGUCUAACCAAUCCACAGUACAGUCUUAUCAGUCAACAGGACAGUCUAAAAAAUCUAUAAUUCAGCCUAAGCAAUCCACAGUACAGUCUAAUAAACAAUCAAUAACUCAUGCUAACCUAUCUGCAGUACAGAAUAACCAAACAGAAAUACAGCUCAAGCAAUCAGCAGUACAGUCUGACCAAUCUAUAGUACAGUCAUAUCAGUUUACAGUACAGUCUUACAAAUCUGCAGAACAGACUAAACCAUAUGCAGCACAGUCUAACCAAUCAACAGUACAGUCUAGCCAAUUAUCAGUACAGGGCUCUGUAUCAAGUAUAAAGACAGAACCAGGUCAACAACCAAUCAGUUGUGAUAAAAUACCACCAGUUAUAAAGGCUGAACCAAUUGACAAAGAACCAGGUCAAGUGUCAGUCACUUGUGAUGAAACAUCAACAGUUAUAAAGGCUGAACCAAUUGACACUAGCUAUAAACAACAACAGAUAUCUCAAGUAGGAUCGGCAGAAAUAAAAGUUGAGCCAACAGAUGAUUAUUUUGAUAAACUUGAAGUUGACAUACAAGCUGCAGAAGAAAAAAAUGAGAAGGAGAAGAAAGAAACAAAGGAUUUGAAUGAAAACCAGAGUUUACAGAUCAAAGAGGCUACUAUUGAUGAUAAUAAGACAAAUAAAAUGGUUGUUGAAAGUUUGGUUGAUGAUAUUACAGAUAAGAUAAGUAGUAAACACUGUGCUGAUGAGUUCGUAUUCAAUGAAGAUGAUAAGUGGAAUGUAUUAGAUGAUAUAGUUGAUGAAACAGUUGAGAUGAUUUCAUCUGACCAAGUAAUGAAAGACGUGGGAGGUCUAAAUGACCUUAAUCUGGUUUCACAGUGUCACGAAGUCAAUAGAAAGGAUGAUGAAAAUAUAGAGCAGUUUAUGGUAGAUCAAGAAAUGGUUGCAGUUAAUGAUGAAAAUAACAAUAAAGAAAACUUAAGUUUUAACAAAGAAUACUUGAACCUCAGAGUAACUGUUGACAACGACUACAGCAGAAAUGGUAAAGAUUUGGAAUCAUGGGAAACUGCAGAGGACAUGACAGAAGAAACAAAUAAUCAGCCUGCUUCCAUAUUGAACCAGGAACAAGUUAAAAAACCAGACUCAGAGUUUUCAAUUCAUUCUCAGUCUAAUCCCUGUCCUCAACUACAGAAAGAUAAUUAUGAUGAAACUGCAUUAGAAGUCAUUGAUCUUACAAGCCAACGACAUGUAUGUUAUCCACACAUUCCACUGUAUCCAAACAAUGUGCAACUAUCAGAUUAUACAGUUAGCUAUUACAUACAGCCAGGAUUUUCUACACAGGUUGAUCCAGCUAAUUUUAAUUUCUCCAGACAACAACACCAGUCGCUUGAUGAUGCAAAUCAACAGGCAUCAUCAAUAGAGAUUUAUGCUGACAAAGCAUUCUCCGAAGACCAGAAUAAUGUUGGACUGUGUGAAAGAAGAAAUCAGAGAACAAAUGAUAACAUGUUGGACCAUUUAAAACACAAUAAAUUACCAAAUCUACAACUUAUGGAUAUAAUUGGUCAUGUAGUGGAGUUUCUAUUAGACAGUGUAGGAUCACAAUUCGUACUGUCUAAGUUACCAAGAGCUGCAAGAGAAGAAACUUCAAUUAUUGUCAAUGAAAUAUUAACGUCAGGUCAGUUCAUUACUCUGUGUAAGAGUCCAUCUGGUCACCAUGUCCUACAGAUAUUAUUGAUAAAGACAUUAAGUGAGCAGUCCAAUUAUCUAGCUAUGAAGUUAUUUGGAAACAUUGUCCAGUUAACACUACAUCCUUAUGGUUCAAAGGUCAUACUACAAGCAUUGAGUACAUCAACUGUACAAAUACAAAAGGGAAUUCUGAAGGAAUUAGAGAGAAGUGUCCUCCACUGUAUGAUAGACAGCAUAGGAAACCAUGUUAUACAGAAAUGUAUAGAGAUAUUCUCACCGCAAUGUCUAAGAACCGUUAUAGAAACUUGUAAAGAUCAGCUAACAACUCUUUGUACUGAUAUCUAUGGUAGUAAGGUGCUACAGAAACUAAUAACACAUUGUGUUCUGUGGAGGACCAAACCUAUACGUGAAGGUAUUUUGGAUCAGUCAGAUGAGUUAGUACAAGAUCCCAAUGGUGUAGAGGUUAUCAUGUGUGUAUUACAGAAGGGAACUCCUGAAGAUAAAAAUAGAAUUUUAAACUGGCUGAAAGGAGAUCUUCUAUCACACUGUGUUCAGCGGUACAAUAGUUAUUUAGUUGAGACGUGUUUGACAUGUCUACAGCCAGAUCAGAAGGCUAUACUCAUCAAAGAAGUCUGCCUUAUGAAUGAUAUUGCCUUCAGAACAAUAUUGACAGAUAGAUAUGCCAGUUCUAUUGUACAGAGGAUGAUAGAUGUAGCCAAGCCACAUCAACGAAGGGUUCUGGUCAUGAAAAUUCAACCUUAUCGUUCUACACUUUCAAACAGUCACUUAUGGAAAGAUGUAGCAGCAUUAAACAGCAUUGAUAAUUGAUACUGUCACUCCUUACCCAAAACUACUUAAACCAAGUCAUCAAUUAUAGAUGCUGACUACUUAAAAUAGAAAAUUUUAUGUCAAUGUAAUAAAAAAUGAAAAUUCUGAGAAUGAUCAACUGCUAUUUGGGGUAAUUAUACUAUUAGGUUGAAGAGUUAUCAUUCUAGAUUUAACGAAAUAGGAACCAAGUACCAAAUAAAUGAUAUACAGACUAAUUCUGCUCUUAUACUAGUUUUAAAUUCUUUAGAUUUAUUAAAUGUGCUAUGUUAUCAAGAUGGUAACAUUGUUUGAUUAUUGCUAUUGGUUUAUUUCAUUGAUUUUCAAAUUAACUGUCCUUAUACAAAUGCAAAAUUUCUAAAUGCUCUUAAAAGUGCAUUUUAUAAAUACAUUAUAUUUCAAAGAAAAAUCAUGAAUGAAGUGCAUGUAGAGCACUGAUGUAGAGUUAAAGAAAAAAUUUUCAGACGCUUCUUGUACAGUGUGCCAAGUACAAAUGUUUAUCAAUAAUUAAAUAUAUGACUAGCAUGGAUUUAUAAAUCAUCUAAGAGAUUUAUAAAUGAUAUUUAAAUUGUUGUUUAGAGAAUUAUAAGUGUUUCUUUAUCUUGUCCUGUUGAUUGUGUCAAUCAAAGGAAUGAAAUGCAUAGAAAUUGUUUUUAUGUUAUACAUUGUGUCAGAAUGCAUGUAUUUUUUUCUUUUUGCAGACAAAAAGAGCUUUGUCUUGUCUUCUAAACAUUAUAUUUAAAAAUGAUCAUGAAAAUAACUGACUACAUGUAUGGGUUUUAUGGGGUUUAUUUUUGUCAGAAUGAAAAAAAUGUGCACAUUUAUUUUGUUGUUAAAUUAAAUUUCAAACAUGUAUGAAAAUUUAAAGUGGAAGAUUUUCAUAUAGAUAUUAUUAUUCAAUCAUUGUUCAGUUUGCCAUAACAAAACCAUGAUAAUACUCGUAGAUUAGUGCUUUUUGUCUUUCAUCAAAUAGUUAUAGUACUGGUAUGAUCUCAGGUGAACAAAAAUGUAUGUUCUAAAAUCAAUUUACUUGUAUGUUUUGUGCAUAGACUUAAUAAAAUGUGAAAUGAAAUGGCAAUUUUGAUUUUAAUAAUGAAAUGGCAAUUUUGAUUUUAAUUGAUUUCAAAAGUCACAACUUGUCAUGACACUACAGAAUAUUGCGAUUCAAGCAAAAUCAAUGAUGAAAAACCCAUAAAUGACCAUCUAGAGGUCUAUGCAUGUUUGUUUUUUUUUACUUCAUUAUAUAUAUAUAUAUAGACAUUUAAGGUAGCACAAUACAAAGAUUUUAUGACUCAAACUCCAAAGUUUUUAAAUGCUGUAACUUUCCUAAUAAUGCUAGAAAAUUUAUAAAAUUGGUAGUUUUAGAUAGCUAACAGAUUACUCUUUCAAAUUAAUGCAGUGUUAGUAUGAUGCAACAAUUAUGUAACCUAUUUUAAUGUUAACUGUGUCUAAAAUAUUUUUCACCAAAUUUCCACUUUCAAAUGAAAUUGACUUUUGCAUAGGUAUCCCUAGAGGGUUGGGUUUAUUAUAUGUUGUUCCUAUGGCCAUUAUCUACAAAAGGGUGUCUCAGAUUUCAGAUAGAAUGUAUAGAACAAAUUUUACACCUAAUUGAACAUUAUCUUCUUUUAUGUGGUUAGGAUGUUGACACUAAUUAUAGAUGAGAGGAUGGAAUACCAUAGAGACAAUCUGAUACACCCUUUUGAAGCCCAUGAUGUGUUGAUUAAGAUUUUCGUUAAAAUUUUCUUUAUAGUUAAAGAGAUAACAGAGCUAAAUUUAUUCAAGUGAAUUUACCCAGAUUUUGCUACUAAUUACAUAAUAAUUGAUUACAUAAUGAUUGCAUGAUAAAAAUAUUGCAUUCAUUUAAAAGAUAAAUCUUUUAUCUAUCUAUAUAUACCUCUUUUAUUAUUUUCUAUGCAUUCAUAAGAAAGUUACAGCAUUUCAAAGGUUAGUGAUUGGAAGUAAAAAAAUCUUUGUAUUGUUCUACUUUAAGAUCGUGUUUAGAUCAAAAUUACCAUUUUCAUUUCUUUCAAUAUUUUUGCAAGUAGUUAUUUAUACAAUGAUUUAUAAUUUUUUACUUUUUUGUUAUUUCAAACUU